AUGAUAUGUUUGUUACAUUUUGAAAACGAUAAUUGUCCAAGUUGUUGUAUAUUCGGCUACAAAUACUAUCAUAAUAGGUACCACGCGACCCAAUGGACUAUCUGCACUGUUAUUGAAACUCCCGUUCGUUUAUUCUAUUUCGAAUUCUUAACUAUUGAAAAGAAACGUGUGCAUUAUCUUAUUCAAGCGUCUUCUUCAUGUUAA